AUGACAGGUGAGGAAGUUAAGUUUCUCUGGUUAUUUGGAUUCUGCAGCUCACCGGUUUACUUCAUUUUCACCAACACUUCACGAAGCAUUAAAAGCAAGCAGACAUGAAGGCUCCGGCUCCCCUUCAGUCUGAUCUGAAGGUGAAUAUGGAUGCCAGACUACAGCUAAACUAUAGCACUCCAAGGCUGGAAAACCGGUUUCUGACUCAAGCUGGCUCAGCAUUGUCUGACCAUCAGUACACAUCUCCAUCUUGGGUCAAUCAGACCUCCACAUUCUCAUCAUGUCCAGCACUCCAGCCCACCAGCCUGUCCUCCACCAUGGCCACCUCAUCUCUUCUCUCAUCCACAAUGAUGUCCUCUAAUUCCUCUCUGCUGAGCACCAAGAAUACACUCCUAAUUGAGCCUCCACUCCACCCUCCGGUCUCAUCCUCUCUAACCUUCACCUAUUCCCAUAAUCCUUUACUUUCUUGCUCCCAAAAUACUGCCAGUGUCAUCCCAACACUCUGCCCCUAUCUGUCACCUUCAAAUGAGAAUAAAGCAGACACGAAUGAAAAGAGAGAAGUGGAAGACAUGGUUUUCUCACCUGAAGGCCCGCUGGGAUAUAGUGAGGAUCACAGACAGGAUGCCAUCAGGAUGCCUUCCAUGGAAAGCUUAGAAGUGGAAGACCAGAUGCUCUCCUCUGAGAUCCCUGUUUUGGAUAUGGAUUUAGAUAGAGAGGGGGAGCAGACUUUUGCUCCUCAUGAGGAAUUUGGGGUGAUUGAAGCAAGUGAGGAUGAAAAACUUGUGGAACUGAGGGAACGAAAGAACAACCUGCUAAAUAUGGUUUGCUGCUCGCUGGUUAAUAAAACCUGUACCCCAGGCCAGAAGGACUGGGAUAAGAAGACGAGUGUGUGGAGCAUUAUUAAGAACCUGGCCACAGAGAUUACCACAGAAGACCCAGAGUUUCUACUGAAGGUUGCAGUCUAUACUAGGCAGGAACUAAACAUUCGAAUCACAGCCAACUUCUUACUAGCACUGGCGGCCCAUCUGCCUGCUUCCAAGCAACACCUGAGAAGGUACUUUUGUGCUGCUGUGCAGCUGCCAUCUGAUUGGCUGGAGUUGACAAGAAUCUAUAGCAUGUGUUUCAGUAAAUCUUUACCCUCCUGCCUGAAAAAAGCUCUAGUGGAUAAAUUUAAGCAGUUCACUGAAUAUCAGCUGGCCAAAUACAAUACACGGAAGCAUCGCUGCAAACACAAUAAGAAACGAAAGAAAGGAGAGAAAAUCUCUGCUGCACAGUGGAAAAUGUGGGGUGACCUUGUCAGAGUGGACGAUUCAAUUCUCAAACAAUAUUUGGAGAGCCAGAAUCGUGCUACAAAGGAUAAAAAACAGAGUGAAUUCAACUUGAAGAAGAUGAUAAAGCGCCUUCACAUCAAAGAAUCUGCAGAACAUGUCAUGGCCAUUCUGGGAAAGAAAUACCCGAGUGAUCUGAAGGCCUUCUCUCGCAGUGGUCUUAGUGGCGUCUGGGAGAGAGAGAGAGCUGGAAAACGGAUGAAACUUAAGCAACCGGACACAUGGGAGUGCAAACUAAGUCAGGAGGGAAACAAAGCUGCCACUUGGGAGAAACUCAUCGAUGGAAAGUCUCUUCCUUUUAUGGCAAUGCUGAGAAACCUGAGGAACAUGAUUUCUACGGGUAUCAGUGAGAAACAUCAUUCUAUGAUCCUCAACAGACUGACCUCGAAGAACGCUGUAAUCAAGAGCAGACAGUUUCCCUUCCGUUUCCUGUCUGCUUAUAAAGUUGUUUUGGAGCUCAGUAAAUUUGUUGGUGGGCCUGCGGUCGAGGUGCCAGGCUCCAAAGUGAUCCUAGAAGACAUUCUGAAGAAAUUUCCAAAGAGCAAAAAAUUCAACCGACACAAUUGGGACACAACAACACGCAAGAGACUGAGAGCUACAAUGCGAGUGCCCUUCGUAUACCGCAUAUUCAAUGUCAAACGCAAUCUCCUGAGAAAAGCAAAUCAGAGACUGUACACUCAGGAGCUUCUGAAGAAGUACUGCUGUGCUUUGGAGAAAGCUGUGCAGAUCUCCUGCAAGUACAACAUCCCCCCUCUCCCUGGACGGACUCUUGUGAUCUGUUCUUGUUACUCAUCAGAUGAUCAAGACUGCAGUGGCGCUGAGGAUUUCUGCUUGCCCCCUGAAAGCACCGAUAACAUUGACAGCGAUAAACUCUCAGCAUCGGUCCAGGAAGCCGCGCUGCUUUUAUGCAUGAUGAUUAACUACUGCAGUGAAGAUUCCCAAGUCCUACUGAAUAGAUUCCAAGACUUACAGGAGUUAAAGUUGAAGUCUGACGUCCUUCUGGAUAAUGUGAGACAAGCAAUGAACCAAAUUAAAGAAAUGGACGAUUGCGAUGUAGAAUCUGAAUACAAAACUUCGUCCUCAUUCUUUGCAAAGCUGACUGAAGAGAAGACAAAGCUGGAUCGUAUAAUUGUGUUUGAAACUUGCUACACCAACGGGGCUUUAAUGGCAGAUAUCAAUAACUAUCGGCAAGAUACUAACGCUGAUGCUGUUGUGAUAGAGGUGCUGCUCGGAAAAACGUCCCCAGAUGAUAUUCAACAAAGACUGGAAUCAGGCAGAGUACAACUUUGUGGGUUUAGUGAGCAGAUCCUGAAGUUUGUCUCCGAGAGAGGCUCCUCGAGGAUGCUGCAGCACGUGGAGCACAUGGACAGAGUCUAUAAAAUCCCUCCACCACAGGGGCGCAAAACUGAACCUGAGAGUGCUGCUGAUGUCAUCCCACUUCCAGCAACACCAAAGUUCAGAUGGAAAGGUGUGCGAGUGUUCAUCUCUUCUACGUUCAGGGACAUGCAUGCAGAGAGGGAUGUUCUUGUGCGUAGUGUGUUUCCAGAGCUCAGAAGGCGGGCAGCGGCACACUAUCUGUACCUGCAGGAAGUGGAGCUGCGCUGGGGCGUUACGGAGGAGGAGUCUAACCGUGCUGUGGAGCUCUGUCUAUCGGAGGUCUGCCGCAGCCAGCUCCUGCUGGGGAUUCUGGGGGAGAGAUAUGGCCUAGUGCCGCCCCAAACCUCACUACCUGAACUUCCUCAAUACAACUGGCUAAACUCUGCGCCUGAUGGGUUAUCCAUUACUGAAAUGGAGAUUCGACAGUUUCAAGCGCUGUAUCCAGACUCUGCCCAGAGCCGCAUGUUCUUCUACUUCAGAUCUCCCCAUCUCACCAGCUCAGUGCCAGUGGCAUGGAAAACAGACUUUGUGGCAGAAUCCAAAGAAGCCGAAGCUAAAAUGAGCAGCCUGAAAACAUGGAUCCUGAACAAUAAGUUUAAAGUGACAGAAAAUUAUCCCUGUGAAUGGGGUGGGGUGGUGGAUGGAAAGCCCUAUGUGAAAGGACUGGAGGACUUUGGGAGAGCAGCGGUGGAGGAUAUCUGGGAAGCAGUGCAGCAGCUCUUUGUGGAGGAGACAGAUGAAGAUUUGAUCUCAGAGAUUAAAGAACAGGAAGUCCAUCAGGAAUCCCAACAGCGGCAGUUUCACGGCAGGGCAAAGCUUAUUUCUAUGGCAACAGAGAAAGUUCAAGAAUGUCAGCAAAAAGGAGGAGUUCUGAUGGUUGAGGGAAAACCUGGAGAGGGCAAAACUGUGUUCAUGGCUGCCCUGGCCCAGGCCCUCAAAACCUCUGUCAAAAACAAGAAAGCCCCUCUUUGUGAUGCCAUAUCCUACUCCACAGACGCUAGCCAGUCUGCUUGCAGUGUUGAGCAGCUUCUGCGCUGUCUUGUUCAGUGGCUGAGGAAAAGAAAAGAUGAUGUGGAGUUGUCUCCAAACACCUCUUAUAAGGACUUGUUGUCUGAGUUCCAGUUGAACUUGAAGGACCUGAACAAAGAGAAGCCACUGGCCUUGCUUGUUGAUGGGGCGGACCGUGUCCAUGAUAGUCGUGGUCAAAGGGUGUCAGAAUGGAUACCACAGCACAUCCCUAAGGGUGUCUGUUUGGUCCUGAGUGUGACUUCAGAAUCAUCCCUUCAAAACACUAUUAGCAAAAGGAAAGGUGCAGUGUCAUUUCCACUGGGGCAGUUAUCUUUACCUGACAAGAAGGAGAUUGUGCAGAAGCAGCUUGUUGGCUUUGGGAAGAAACUGAGUGAUUCUGCUUUCAAUAACCAGCUUCAGACACUGCUGAUGAAGAAAGGCUCCAUGAGUCCACUUUACCUCCAUUUAGCCUGCGAGGAGCUCAGAAAUUAUGCCUCCUUUGAGAAGAUGAAGGACAGCCUCCAGUCUCUUCCUCAGUCCCUUGGUGAGCUGGUGCAGCACAGUCUGCUGAGGCUGGAGACUGAAUAUUGCAGAGCUGGUCUGGGAUGGGCAUUAGGAACUCUUGCCAUCAGCUCCACCGGCCUGCGCGAGAGUGAUCUUUACACUAUACUGAACAUGUGCAAUGAUUUAAACUCCAGAGGAGGGCCAGUGUCAUGGCAGGAAAUUGUCCAUACAGCAAGGCAUCCACAGAGCCGUGUUCCCAUGGCAAUAUUCUCUCAGCUGGCACAAUCUUUGCACAGUAUAAUUGGACAGUCUCAUGGUCAGGGGUCAGAUGACCUCCUGACUUUGACUCAUCCAGAGGUGAGGUCAGCCUUUGAACAUCUGUACCUGUCUACUGAGGAGAGUAGAACCAGAAGUCAUCUGAUAAUUGCAGCCCACCUUUGGGUGCGGUCAAAUCCUCAGGGGAAGGACACAUUUCUUUACUCUGAUGCUGAUAUUCUGUCUCAUCUCCCUACCCACCUGAUGGUUGGUAAUCAAUGGGAGCCUUUGCGUUUUCUGCUAUCGAGUUACUACUUCCUCUAUGCUAAUGUGCGGUAUGGACUGCUUCACCAACUUCUGGAGACCUACAUUUUGUUCGCCCAAAAAUAUGGGACCGAUCAUCUGCAAUCCAAAAAAUCAACAGAUAACCUGAAGGAUUUUAAAGACUGUCUCAGUUUUCUGAAGCGGCACCGCCUCCUCCUCUCUCAGUGGCCUGCUCUCUUUGUACAAACAGCUCUUAAUGAACCAUGUGACAGCUCUGCACACUUGUGGGCUGAAAGCAUGACAAGAAAUGGAGGGGUGCAUGCUGUAGAAUGGCUAAACUUCACAGAUGCAGCACCAAAAGAAGUCAGUGAGCUGGUUUCCACCUUCCACUCUGAGCCAAGUUGUGUGGUAGUGAGUCCUGAUCGAAAACUGGUUGCAGUGGGAACUUUAGAGGGAACACUUCACUUUCUGCAUACAGAGACUGGAGAGGAAGUGAAGUCAUUGAUGAGCAGUGGUGAUGGCAUCUCUGGAUGUAUUUUCCUUGGGGAGGAGCUUUUGGCAACAACCUCGUUUGAUGGGCAGGUGGAGGUGUGGGAUGUUGCGAGUGGUUGCAGAACUGCCCACAUGAAUGCCCACUCCAACAAGAUCACAGGAUGUGAUGUCAGUCCUGACAGAAAACUGUUUGCUACCGUUUCAUUAGACCUAAACUUGAAGGUGUGGUCUGCGCAGAAGAGCACAGAGGUGGCCUCUCUCAUGAAUCCCUCCCCCCUCAACUGUGUGAACUUUGACCUUGAGGGCCAGCUCUUGGCAGUGGGCUGCUGGGAUGGAGCUGUUCGUUUGUGGAACUGGCUUGAACAGAAAAACGUUACGACUUUGUUAGGUCAUCAGAGUUCAGUGCGGAGUCUGUCUUUCUCUCCCUGCUCCUCCAUAUUGUGCUCAGGCUGUCUGUCAGGAGAAGUGCGGCUCUGGUCAGUGGCAGCAGGUGCUUGUGUGGGCAGUUAUCAUGCUCACCGCGGCUCCACACAGUCACUAAACUUCCUGCAGGGAGGAAACCUUUUGCUGAGCGCUGGACAUGACAGUGUGGUUAAUGUUUGGUCCGGUGGUCUUGGGCGAUCUGUCACUGUACUGGGAGAGAAAAAGGUUACAGUAUUGCAGCAGCAACAAAAGCGCACCAGACAUGGAAAUGAAGAUGAAGCUAAUGCUCUGUGUGUGGCUGUGGCCAGUGGGCAUGCUUAUGUGGGUUACCAUGGAGAUGGUAUCAAAAUGUUCAGUUUGAAGUCAGGAGAGAAGGUCUGGGCCAGUGAGGAGUUGCAGGUGUCCAUGCUCUGCCUCAUGUGGAUGGAGGGAGGAGGAACAGAGCUGCUGCUGUCUGGGAGCAUGGACCACCGUCUCAGAGUCUGGGAAAGGCAAGGAGAAAAUUUGGAAAGCCUUGUGUCAGUAGGAUCUUUUGGCGUGCAAAAGGGAGCUAUCCUCGCUCUGGCUCAAAGCUCUACUUGUGUGGCAUCUGCAUCUGAUGACUUCACUAUUGCUCUGUGGUUGAAGAGUGAAUUGACAUCUAAGCCCUGGAUCGACCCUAAGGUGAUGUGUAUUCUGAGAGGUCACAACGGAGGGGUCACAUGCCUUGCUUUCAGUCCUAAUGAAAAAGAGUUGCUGUCAGGAGGGAAAGAUCAGGCUUUGAUGAUAUGGAAUGUAAACUCCUCCCCUCCAGUACUUUCCCAGUCUUUUUCCCAUUGCCAUGGAGACUGGAUUACGGGAUGUGCCUGGACGUCAACUGCAGUGCUUAGCUGCUCCAGUGACUGUAAGCUGCGGAUUUGGGAUAUCCAGACAGGAAGUUUGCUGAGAGAGAUCCUGUCUGGUUCAUCUUUGAGCACAUUGUGCUGUUGGGAGGAUCAUGUAAUGGCAGGCUCUACAGAUGGACUGCUGAUGGUUUGGAAGUGGGAAUCAGGCAUACAAGUAACCAGGAUCCAGGCCCACAAUUCCCGUCUCAAUCAUUGCGCUGUUGUCUCUCAGACAGAUCUGGGAGAGAAUUUAAAACCAGAAGACUUAUUGGUAGCUUCAGCAUCAGGAGAUGGAACUGUUAAACUCUGGCAUCCACUGCAGGUACAUCAUCAUAAUACCCUGCAUGGUCACAGUGCAGAAAUCCAAGCUUUAGUGUGCAAAGAGGCCGGACUGCCGGAGUUUCUCACUGUCUCUGUGGAUCGUUCCCUCAGGUCAUGGAGUGUCACCACGGCAAUGGAAGCUCCUCCUUCCCAGAAAGGCAGUGUCAGAGCUGUGUGCUUCCUUGAUACUGAUGAUGAACUCAUGGUCUGUGGUUAUGACACAGGCAGAUUGGAGAUAUGGCAUCAGAAUUCAGUGGUUUACUGGAAGAAGGUCAGUGAUGGCGCCUUAUGUGCAGUCACUGGUAUGCCAGAGGAUCAGUUAGCUGUGGCUUGCAGCGACUGCUCUGUAUUUGUCUGGAAACUGGAGAGAGACACCAAGAAGAGCAUUGUGAGACUCAGUAAGAUGUCUUCAUACAAAGUGGAGACUCCUGUGAGCUUUUUGUUCUACUGUGGCAGUCUGUUUGGAGUAUAUGUGAAUGGAGAAGUCAUCGAUGUGAUCUCUACUAGCUCGUCGACCAAAGAAAUUUAUAUUUGGAAAGACGUGAUACGUCCUAUCGGCAUAUUGCCAAAUGAUAACAAGUGCUUUUGGCUGUUGGGACAGAAAAAGAGUGUACUGUACAUUGGAUUGCUUUUGUCUGUAAAUCCAAGUCACCCCUUCAACUUAAACUUUUGUUACGAUGCGGUGGGUAAGAGCCCUGAGGAAUUGGAGAUGGAGGAGCAGAUGUGGGAUAAUAUGGAGGAGUGCGAGGAGCAGCAGCAAGAGAGACCCAGCAAGGAACAGAUUGAACAGCUGCGAAUUGCAAACCGGAAGGCGGAGCAGAUUAGUUCCUGGAUCACAGCUGCAGCAAUGCAAAAUGACUUUAUUGUGUGUGGUGAUUAUAAAGGGAACAUAUGGUUCAACCAGCCUCCUAAUAUAGCCUCCUGGACUGAAAGAAAACCGGCACACAGAGACAAAGUGAGUGUACUGCGGCUUACAGAGAGCCUCAUCAUCUCAGCAUCUCAUGACAGAUCCGUCAAACUAUGGGACAGACACACUAAGAAACAGGUUGGCAUGUUUGUGUGUGGAGGCCCUGUCAAGGUGCUGGAGGUGAACCCCCGCGACCCCAGGGAAUUUGUUUGCGGAGAUACGCAGGGUCAGCUGUACUUCCUGUCCUGGACAGGUUGAUAUCCUCACAGUCGGUACAUUCGUAAUCUUUAAUCAGUUGUAAUUCUGCUCAUUUUCAUUUACUUCACAUGCAUGGAGCAUUUUGCACUAAUGAUACUAUUGCCUUAAACUAAGCCAUGAUAUGAAGAAUAUUUGCUUUGUUUUUAUUGUAUGAAAAUGACAACCACUUGAUUUAAUAUUUAGUUGUAUUCAGUAAAUUGAUUUUUUUUUAAGGAUUGUAUACAUCCUUUAUUUAUGAAUAGAUUUUUUGGGUGAAUAAACUGUCUGCAAGUUUACAUGGGGAAAAGCAGAUGUCCACUGAA